UGCCGCCAGGCAUCCGUCUUGUGGGAGCUGGACAGGGCGACCUUCAACAAUAUUGUCAUGGAAGGAGUGCAAAGGAAACGAAAUCAGUGCCUCUCAGUGCUGUCCUCCGUGCCAAUGUUUGCCGACAUCUCCCGCACUGAGCUGGAAAACAUCAUCGACGCGCUAAAGAUGGAGAGGCGUCCGCACGGAGACGUGAUCAUUCGCCAAGGCGAAGUGGGAGAUCACUUUUACAUUGUCUACGAGGGCCAGGUGAUGGCCUCCAAAGUCACUGACUCAGAGCCUGUGAUGAUGAUCCACGAGGCUGGGGACUACUUUGGGGAGCUCGCGUUGAUCCUGGACGCGCCCCGAGCCGCCACAGUUGUAGCAAGCAGUGAGCCGGAGGUGUGUUUGCUCUCCAUGGAUCGCGCCACCUUCAAGCGCAUCACCGGGGAGCACAGCGCACUGCAUGGCUACUUGGAAAGCAACGUCGACCGCUAUGCAUGAUAUUCUGCAUAUUCGCUGAACACCAAAA